AUGGGUGUUCCAAAGUUUUUUCGAUGGCUCAGUGAGCGGUAUCCGGCCAUCUCACAGCUCAUCAAGGAGAGCCGCAUCCCGGAGUUUGACAGCUUGUAUCUCGAUAUGAACGGCAUUAUUCAUAACUGCACGCACAGUGACAGCGACUCCCCGACUUUCCGCAUGACUGAAGACCAGAUGUUUAUUGCAAUCUUCAACUACAUUGAGCAUUUAUUUGGGAAAAUUAAGCCCCAAAAGUUAUUCUUCAUGGCUGUCGAUGGUGUCGCGCCUCGUGCGAAGAUGAACCAGCAACGUGCUCGUCGUUUCAGAACAGCUCUCGACGCGGAGAAAGCUAAAGAAAAGGCUAUCGCUCAAGGAGGAUGCCUUCGACAGCAACUGCAUUACCCCAGCACAGAGUUCAUGGAGAAGUUGACCAAACAACUCAAAUAUUUUGUCAACAAGAAAAUUUCGGAGGAUGCCGACUGGCAAGGCGUGGAGAUCGUUCUCUCGGGCCACGAGGUCCCGGGAGAAGGUGAGCACAAAAUCAUGGAAUACAUCCGGCACGCGAAAGCGCAGCCUGACUACCAUCCUAAUAUGCGCCACUGUCUCUACGGCCUUGACGCUGACCUUAUCAUGCUGGGUCUCCUCAGUCAUGACCCCCAUUUCUGUCUUCUCCGAGAGGAGGUGACUUUUGGUCGUCAAGUGUCAAAGAAGCCCAAGGAACUUGAACACCAAAACUUUUACCUCCUGCACUUGAGUAUGGUUCGAGAGUACUUGGAACUGGAAUUCCAAGAAUUGGAAUUUGAAGGAGCUCUGAGCUUUCCUUUCGACAUGGAGCGUGUGAUUGAUGAUUUCAUCCUCAUGGCGUUCUUUGUUGGAAACGAUUUCUUGCCCAAUUUACCCAAUUUGCAUAUCAACGAGGGCGCACUAGCCAAAAUGUUCCAACUCUACAAGGAUGUACUACCAAAGAUGGGUGGCUAUAUCAACGACGGAGGCCAAAUUAACCUCCCACGCUUGGGAAUCCUCGUGGACGCGAUGAGUGGAUUCGAAGAACGGUUCUUUGAAUCUGAAUACUCGGAUGCUCAAUGGAUUAAAUCGAAGAAUAAGGAUGGCUCGCUGGAGUCCCAGAACAAACCAAAGGAAAUGACUAUUACCUCAUCCGAGAAAGAAAUUCUCAAGAAAGUCAAGAAGUAUGUGCUGAAUAGACCAGGCAAGGGCUCUGAAACGAAACCUCUAGAUUUUCCUCCCACUCUGCCGGCUCGCGACCGCAGCUUUGUAGAAAAGCUCGCGGAUGACCUUCGACUUCCUUGGUCCACCACGGAUAAUGAGAAUGGUGAUCGGUUUAUGAGAGUGGAGUUCCCUCCUUCUCCAGAAGAUCAGAGUGAUGAAGAAGACGAUGACGAUGAGGAAGCUACCUUGGCGAUCCAGCGAGUCAUUCGUAAAUAUGAGAAAGCUAAGGUCCAAGACGUGAGUGCUGAAGAAGCCCAACAGGCAGCCGAGAAGAAAUACCAGGAAAAAUUCCAAGAGUGGAAAGAUAAUUACUAUCGAUCCAAGUUUGGAUGGGGCCUGGAUAACCAAGAGGAAUUGAAGAAGUUGGCCGAGAAUUACGUGCAGGGUUUGCAAUGGGUCUUAUUCUACUACUAUCGUGGUAUCGCAUCAUGGCCAUGGUUCUUCCGGUACCACUAUGCUCCCAUGAUUUCUGAUGUGAUCAAAGGCCUGGGUGCGGACAUGCAGUUCCAGCUGGGUCGGCCCUUCCGGCCAUUCGAGCAGUUGAUGGGUGUCUUGCCAGAUCGUAGUAAGAAGAUUGUCCCUACUGCUUAUUGGGACCUGAUGACUUCUCCUGAGUCUCCUAUAAUUGACUUCUACCCUCGUGACUUUGAUCUCGACAUGAACGGCAAGAAGAUGGAAUGGGAGGCCGUUGUCAAGAUCCCCUUCAUCGACGAAAAGAGGCUCUUGGAUGCCCUGAAGACAAAGGAGAACCUCCUAAGUCCUCAGGAGAAGGCUCGUAACGACUUCGGCGCAAGCCUGAAGUUUACCUACUCUCCAGAUGUGAGUUACACCUACCUGUCCUCGAUGCCGGGUGUUUUCCCUGAUAUCCCGAGCUGCCACUGCAUUGAGAACAUCUUUGAUUUGCCUGUUAUGGACGGGUUGGAGCCGUUUCACGGACUCAUGGAAGGCGUCUUCUUGGGCCAGGCUGCUUUGGCUGGUUUCCCUACUCUCAAGACCCUUCCUCAUGUCGGACAACUAGGCUUCCACGGAGUGCAGGUUUUCCAACAGGAAAGCCGACAUGAGAGCCAGGUUAUCACCCUCCUCGAGCCGUCUACUCGCUCCAGCAUUGAGCUGGCGAAGACAAAGCUUGGUCAACGAGUCCACGUUGGUUACCCGAACUUGCAAGAGGCAUUGGUGAUUCAACAGCACCCGGUUCCAAUCCCGCACACUCCUCAGCAGAUUGAACAAUGGAAGAAAAAGGCUCAGAAGAUUGAAAGCACCUACAGCAAGCGGCUUGGUAUGAUUAUUGGAGAGGUCGAGUCAAUUGUUCAUAUCCAGCCUUUGAAAGGAAUGAUCAAGACCGACGAUGGCUCCACGAUCAAGGAAUUUGCUGAUAUUCCUGGGCAAGAAACCGAUUACGCUCUCCAGGUUGUAGUUGAUGAUGUAGUCAACCCGGACCAACGUUUCAUUGAACGGGAGGCUCUUCCAAUUGACCAGGAGUUCCCAGUAAACUCUCGGGCUUUCUUUUUGGGUGACUUCAACUAUGGCCGACCUGUUCAUAUUACCGGUCACUCUGAAGGUAAGGUGGAUGGCUUGAUUGCAUCCGUCAAGGGCAAGGAGCCGGAGUUUGGAAAACAACGUGUCAGCCAAGCUGAGCGUCUUUGCCCGUACACUCCUUCCUUCGCCAUUGCGCGCAGCCUAAAGCUGAACCCCCUGGUACUCGCUAAGAUCACAUCGGCGUUCUCUGUUGAUGUCGAGGGCAGUCGUGUGAACUUGGGUCUUAACCUCAAGUUCGAGGCUCGUAAGCUGAAGGUUCUUGGAUACUCCCGUCGCGGCGAAUCUGGUUGGGAAUUCAGUCAGAAGGCUAUCGAUCUCAUUCAACAGUACAUGAUUGCCUUUCCUGAUUUCAUUGCGGGAAUCCAACGCAACCCGCAGAAUGAUCGUUAUACCCCAACGGACUUUUAUCCGCCGGACAUCGCCCUUGUGAAGAUGAAGGAGAUCCGCGACUGGCUAAAGGAGGUGGAGGCCAAGAACUUUGAGAAGGUUCCCCUCGACGCUGAGCAGCUGGAUUCUGAUAUUGUUCAAUUAAUCGAGCAUGAUGCGGAUGUCGUAUCCCAAGCCCAAGGCCCAAUGCAGCCAAAGAAGGUCCGGGGAGUUCCCCGUAGCGCCCUUCUUCGGCCUGCUGAUGCAGAGCAGCGCUUGGGAAACCAGAAGUUCAUGCUCGGUGACCGUAUUGUCUACGCUCAGGACUCCGGAAAGGUGCCUAUCGCCACCCGUGGUACUGUUGUUGGUCUUACUAGAACCCCACGAGCACUCCUCUUGGAUGUCGUCUUUGACGCCUCUUUCAUGAGUGGUACCACCCUGGGCGGCCGCUGCUCUCCCUUCCGGGGCCAGACUGUUCUUAGCACUUCUGUCCUCAACAUCUCCUAUCGCCAGCUAGUCACCAGCUCUCGUGCGGCAGCGAGCCACAACCCACCACCUCAGCCAAGUACUUUGACGGUCGCUGGCUACGGUGCCCCCAAUGGAGAGGGACAGCUGAGAGAAGCCGCCGCACCCCCACCUUUGCGUGGGUCGUUCUCUGGAGCUGCCUCUGGCCAGGGUGCUCGACGUGGUGGCCGUGGAGGUUAUGCUCAAGACCAGACCCAGAACCUCCCCUUCCGUAACGGUGGUCCUCCACGCGGGCCCCGUGGCCGUGGUGGCACGAACGCACCUCGAGGUGGCCGGGGCGGCCGCGGUGGCUACGUCCAAAUUGACAACGGCGAUCCUCACGAGGGAGUCAUUGAUAACAACCCGAAUUUCCACCCAGUCAACUACCAGAAUGCCCCUCCUCCCCAAGGUUUGGACCGAGGCCGUGGACGUGGUCGAGGCCGCGCAAAUCGUGGUCGAGGUCGUGGCCGUGGACAGCCUGCUGUGCAGCAACUGUGA